AUGGAGUGGGAAAAUGUGGACCAAAGGCAACAACCUGGUCAGGGAGACAAGCUCGGAGGCCGACGGAUGAAUGACCUUCGAGGAAAACGGCAGGAUGAUAGGCAGCAGGCCAGGGGAAGGUUUGAUAAAUAUGCCCCCCUGAACUCUCCUCGGUCGCAAAUAUGGCGCGAGGUCGCGUCCACUGACAUGAAGAAAGUCGAACGACCUCGGCCUCUACAGAACCCGGCUGGGUUAGAUCGGACCCGGUAUUGCGCAUUUCACGAUGGGCCGGGUUAUACAACAGAUGAGUGUUGGGACCUCAGAGAUGCAAUUGAGAAGUACAUUAGAGAGGGAAAGUUGCGGCAGUAUUUGAUCCGUACGCAGGGAUGGAGAAAUAGGAAGAGGAGAGGGGGGCGGCUCGGAAGCCCACCCAAGGAUAAGAAGUUUAAAGAGGAAGGACGAGGUAAGAAUCCGGCUAAAGAAGAUGACGAAUUCCAGGAGCCGGAGUUCGAGUGCAACGCGAUCAGUGCAGCUUUUGGUGGUGGUGGCGACACAAUGAAUGCCCGACAUAAAUAUUUGCAUGAGGUGUUUUCCAUUCGAGAUCGCCCCAAGUUUAAACAGGAAGAGAAACCAGAGCAGCCGUUGUUAUACUUCACAAAGAAGGAGCUCGAGGAUGUAGUACCAGGCCAUGUUGAUGGGUUGGUGAUUACAGGAACACUGGUCAAUUGCAGAGUUAGGAAGAUUUUUCUGGACAAUGAGAGUUGUGCCGAUAUAAUUUUAUGGCACGCAUUUCAGAAGAUGAAUUUGGACGAAGAAGAUUUGAAAACUUGCAACACGGCUUUAAUUGCGUUUAAUGGCUGCAACACUACUCCUAAGGGGUAUAUUGAUCUCCAAUUAACAUUGGGGACGAAGGAGGCGUACAAAUCCGAAAGGAUAAGGUUCAUUGUAGCCGACUUCCCAUCCGAACACAAUGUGAUUUUGGGAAGACCUACAAUUCAUGAGUGGGACAUGCUAGUCUCAACCAAGCAUCAAAAGUUAAAGAUGAUUGGUAAGCAGGGUUCGGUGCUCACCAUAGCUGGGGACCAGAAGGAGUCUCGAGAUUGUUACUUCAGAUCUGUACGUGUGGUGGACCGAGAUCCCGAAGACGUAGCUAUGAUUAAGCAGAGUGGUUACCAAUCUUUGAAGAUGAGCUCAGUUAAUAUGGUGGAAUUGGAUAUGAGGGAUGAAACUCAGAUGCCAAGGCCGGAACCUGACGGAGAGCUAGAAGAGGUAACCGUGGAGCACCAGGACAAACAACAAAGAUAG